AGAGCACAUCCCAACAGCACACAGCUGAAACAAUAUGUGCUUCAGGAAUACAAUGGCAGCACAAACACAGAAUGAUUCAACUAAAACAAUGGAUCUGAAAACUCUAAAUCCAAAAACAGAAAACCCAGAAAUCUCUCUUGCAACCACAUCAACCAAAGUAGCACCAAACACAAUCAGCUCGUUCGAUUCAACCGAAACCAUGACUAUUGAACACAGCAAAGCCAUAAGCCGCCUCCUGGGAGAUGCUCGAAGACGUCUCAGCACAGUGAAUCGCAGAUGUGAGAUUACAUGGCGGUGGUCAAGGUUGAGAAUCGAAAUGCUCCGAGCUGAAAAGGCAGGGGGAACCGAGGUACCAGUCUUGGUCCAGGCGAGAGCCAACGAACGCAACCCCCACAAACCAAGAGAUGCCACCACGACCAACAGGAUUAGACACCAUCCUCCUCCCACUGACGACGACCAAGAGGCAGACCACACAACAGGGGAAUCCAUGGGAGAAUCGGUGAAUGGAUUCACCAUGCAGCACAAAAGAAUCCACCAUCUUGAGAGGUGACCAGCCAGGAAUUGAAGGAGUCGCCCAAGAUGCAUAACCCAGCCCCAAGGAGAGUAAACCCAGGAAGAAGAACCCUAGAAAAGGGACUGGAAAAGCCACAAAGGCAGGAAAAGCUAAACAGCUGGAAAUCCGCAGGAAAAACGCAAACAAACAAAGGUAAUGGAGCUGGAAAGCAAGAACAAAAACAGAAAGGGAUUGUUGGGCUACCGCCAAUAAGGUGAGGUGACCGGCGGUAGCCCCUGAAAUCUGAAAAGGAAAGGCUAAGUUAGAGAGAGGGCGGAGGAAAUUUUGAAAGAGGAAAGUAAGAGAGAGAGACUUUUUUCGACCAACUCAAUUGCAAAUAAGCAACUUAGAGCACCGUUUUUGCAAACUCCUCGAAAACAAAGCGACGUGUGUUCUCCACAGGCGUUUGUUUGUUACAACUCACUUGCCGCUAGUCUUCUUCUACCAUUUCCGCGAACCCCUCUCUUCUUCCCACACCCCAGCGGAACUUCUGUGAGGCCUUUGUUCCCUUUUCUCCUCCUAUUGGAACUCUACACAACCGCCGAGCGGCGCCGUUAUUGCCACUGUCACCCGUUCGGAAAGGCCGAAAAGGGACAAGGCGGCAAGUGCAGAAAGAAAGAAGCAAAUGGGUCAGGCAUUUCGACGAGCAUCUGGCAGAAUCCGAGUUCCCGAUCCGUCCCCGAAGGUAGUUGUCGAUCGCAGACCGCCGGAGAGUGCCGCCGAGAAAGUUGUGGAGGUCUCAAGAAGGACUACCCCAAAACUCGACAAUCAGGAUACACUUGGCGCUGCUGAUAAUCCAAGUUUUGAUAAUGAAAAUCCCCUUGAAGAAAAGGAUCCACAGUUCGAUGCAAUGCUCAAUCAAAUGGUGGGAAGAAUCAAAACGAAGCCAGGAGGGAAACCCGAGAUGGGUGAGGCAUCUAUAGUACAAAGCCCUAACAAGCCCCUACCGAAGCUACGGAACACAACUCCCGAUGCUGCCAGUAAAUACGAGGAAAGAGCUGUUCCCCCAGGAACCCUGAAUGUGGCACAACUGCGCCACAUUCUCAAACUGCAGGCGGGCAAGGGUGAAGGAGACAACCUCAAGGCUCCCGUGGAUGCCCACCAAAUCGCUCAACAGUUCCGCCUUGAAGUCGAACAGGUUAAGAAAUUCUUGCAGUUUGUAUCACUUCCAGCAGAGGACAGCAUGAAGAAGGAGAAGGACGUUGAAUGACAAAGCCAGUCAGUAAGUCUACUUGCAACUGACGGGAUAUGGUGUCGAAUAAAGAAAUACAUGGCGAUGAACUGAUGAAUCCCUCUUCAAUAGUUAAGUUUUCAAACCUCUCUGUCGUGGGAAGAUGUUGUACAUCAUAGAGAAAUGUAGCCAUGUUUUGGAGAAUAACAUGUUAGUCUUUCAACAGAAGUUGUGUUACUAUUAUUUUGUUCUUGAGGAACCCAAGUGCUGAGAUGAUUAUUUCCAAGCGGUUGAUAUCAUUUAUUACAGUUUACCACAAGCAAUUAUACUGCAGUGCCUCGAACUAUCUGAUCACUGAUUACAUU